AUGUCUUUCCUCAGAAAUCUUUUUGGUACAGAUUCUGCCCAAGAUAAUCUUCGAAUUAUAAUAACUCGUCAUGGUGAACGUGCUGAUGUAGCAUUAGGACCACAUUGGUUUGCAAGAUUACAAAGCAAUGGUGCUCGUCGAUCUCGAAUAUCAUAUUUAGCACAUCGACCAGAUUAUAAUGAAUGGGAAUUUGAUCCACCAUUAACGAAUCAUGGUGAACGUCAAGGUCAAUUAACUGGUCGAAAAUUACUUAAACUUGGAUAUCCAAUUGAUUAUUGUUAUUCAUCACCUGCUUAUCGAUCAAUACAAACAGCAACUAAAAUUCUUGAAAGUCAAGGACAAAAAGCUGUACCAAUUAAUAUUGAACCUGGUCUAUUCGAAUGUCCGUCAUGGUAUUUCGGUGCACCACUUUCAUUUGUACCACCUGAAUAUUUAGCAAUGGAUAGACAUUUUAAUAUAAAUUCAUCUUAUGCACCAUUUUAUGAUACUGUUAAUGCAACAGAAGAUGAAGGAAAUUAUUAUAAACGUUCACGUCGUCUUAUUGAUGCAAUUGUUAAAUCACAUAAAAAUCAAGGCGGUACUAUUUUAUUAUCUGGACAUGCUGCUUCAAUUGAAGUAAUAACACGUGGUAUGCUUGGUCUUUCUGCACGACCUGAACGUCUUCAAUAUGAAGCUGGUAGGGUUAAUUUUUGUAAUUUUGCUAUUCUUGAACGUGAUGCAAGUACACGUCAAUGGCAUGUACAUUCACCAUUAUCAAACGAAAAUUAUUAUGGUGAAUAUGAACACAUUCAAAAUACAAUACCACUUCAUCAUGCUACUUCACAAUAUAUAGGACGAAAUCAUUCAAGAAGAUCAUCAUUCUAUUCAGGAUUUUAUCCAUAUAGUGACAGAUUGUAUCAUUAUUAUUAA